AUGUGUGAUCAAAAUGGGGAGUUCGUCUUCGUUUUGCCAGGGUGGGAAGGGUCUGCAACUGAUUCAAGGGUUCUUAGGAAUGUGGUUUCGCGACCAUAUGGAUUGAGGGUUCCAAAGGGAUUCUUGGCAUCGUACAGAGAGGAACGAUACCAUCUCUCCGAUUGGCGUGGAGUAGGAAAUGCAUCGACAACUGCAAGAGAAUUUUUCAACAUGAAACAUUCUUCAGCAAGGAACGUUAUCGAGCGAGCGUUUAGGUUGCUAAAUGGGCGGUGGGCUAUUCUUAGGGGAAAAUCAUUCUACCCAAUACAAGUCCAAUGUCGAACAAUAACUGAAUGUUUCCUUAUUCACAACUUGAUCACAAGGGAGAUGGGAAUCGGUGCAAUGCUUGACGUGCCUGAUGAGGAGAAUUCUGCAUCAGUUGGUCUUGAUGGGGAUCAUAUUGAAUUUGUUGAAUCAUCAAAGGAAUGGACCAAGUUCAGGGAUGACUUAGCGGUCGAAAUGUUUACUCGAUGGCAAAGAGCCUGA